AUGUCGCUUCCAACGCAGCAGAAAGCCCUCAUCCUGCCUAGCUACGGCCCCGGCGCUGCUUUCCAGCUCAGCACACGCGCCGUUCCCAAGCCAGGCGCAGGCCAAGUUCUCAUCCGCAACACCGCCGCAGCGCUCAACCCGCUCGACUUCGCCAUCCGCAACAUCGGCAUCUUCGUCACCGAAUGGCCCGCUGUCGUAGGCUACGACGGCGCCGGAACGAUCGUCGCGCUAGGACCUGACGUUCAAGGAUGGAAAGUCGGCGACGUAGUGGUGUAUCAGGGCUUUUGGCCCGCCGAUACGGGCGUGUAUCAGGAGUAUACGCUCGCGCCUGCUGAUCUCGUCGCGAAGAUUCCGAAGAAUGUGAGCGUGGAGGAGGCGAGUACGCUCUCGAUUGCGCUGGCGACGGCUACUUGUGCGCUGUAUACGGCGCCGGGGCCGCAUACGUUGGGGUUCACGGCGCCUUGGGAGGAGGGAGGGGCGGGGAAGUAUAAGGGCCAGGCGGCGCUUGUGAUUGGUGGGUCGAGUUCGGUUGGGCAGCUCACGCUGCAGAUCCUCAAGCUAAGCGGCUUCUCACCCAUUAUCACCACCGCAUCCGCGAGCAACGAGGCCUACUGCCGCGCAGCCGGCGCAACGCACUUCAUCGACUACCACACCACGCCGUACUCGGCGCUCAAGAGCAAGGUCGAGGAGAUAUUGGAUGGCAAGACGCCCCUCCCGCUCGUAUUCGACGCCAUCUCUGUAGACGAGAGUCAGAAGGCUGCUUGGGAUAUCCUGAAGCCGGGCGGAAAGCUCGUCGUCACGCUCCCGCCUCUCAUCGAAGGAGCUCAGCCCGGUGUGGAGACGAAGGAUGGGAAGACGCUCGUAAUGGCGCAUGGCUCGUUCGGCGCUGAGGAGAACUUGAAAGUCUCGAGGGAGGUGUUUAAGUUGCUUACAGGCUGGCUUGAGAGCGGCGUCGUUAAGCCUAACAGGGUCGAGGUAAUCCCGGGUGGGCUGAAUGGUGUGGUUCCUGGACUUGAGCGUCUGGAGACGAAGGGGGUCAGCGGCGUCAAGCUUGUCGUACGCCAUGCAGAGACUGCAUAG